UAUCCAACACUUAGACAAAAACCAACGUUCAACAAUUAGAAUACAAAAUGCUAACACAUCGAAUAAUCCCACAUCUCCGUUUUUGCGGCAAUGUUUGGCGUUCCGCUGCUGCUGCUGCGGCAGCAAACUGCAAUCGAGGUAUCGCAUAUAACACUGCCGCUCGACAAAAUUCGACUCAAAGUACGUACUCCUCUCAUAAUCGGCCGGAUUACCAAUGCCGACGAUUUUACGGUAACCAGAAGGAAGAUGCUGCCGAGUCUCACCUGGACACUGCCACCUACGAACGUGUAUGCUCCGAGACUUUAGAUGCCCUCUGCGACUAUUUCGAGGAGCUGACUGAGAAUGCCAACGAUCUCAAGGGUUCUGAUGUGUCUUAUGGUGAUGGUGUACUCACCGUUAAUUUGGGUCAACCACAUGGCACGUAUGUGAUCAACCGACAAACGCCAAAUAAACAAAUCUGGUUAAGUUCACCCACCAGUGGACCCAAACGUUUUGAUUUUGUGGACAACAAAUGGGUUUACAAGCACAGCGGCGAAACAUUACACAGUCUCCUACAAUUGGAAAUACCAAACAUAAUCAAAAGCCAGUCUAUUGAUUUUAUCCAAUUGCCCUAUGGUAGUUAAAAAAAGUCUAAAAGCCUAAUAAGAAUGUAUGUAGAUAAAAUUGUAAUUUCGAUUGCACCAAAAUGUUUUGUGCGCUUGGCAAAAAUUGUUUUUGAAAGUAUGAAAUGUAAAAAGGCUUUAUAAAAGCCAUUCAUUAUCUGUAAGAUUGUAAAACAAUUUUCCAAUUUCGGACACACCCAAUGUCCUUAAGCCGAUUUACUUCAUAAAAGUUUUGUAAUUAAAUUCCAACAAGAUUUACAGUUCA